ACCUGGCAACACUGAUUCUAUUUGUAUGUUUUUAAUUAACCUCUUUCUUGAAGCUUGGAUUUUAAAGCGACAAAGCGACAAACGUUAUUUUUCGAUUUAUUCUUUGUUAAACUAGAAAACUACAAAAAUGUCAAAAGCUCACCCUCCAGAAUUAAAAAAAUACAUGGAUAAAAAAAUGUCACUGAAAUUGAAUGGUGGCCGCCAAGUUACAGGAAUUUUGCGAGGGUUUGAUCCUUUCAUGAAUUUAGUAGUCGAUGAAUCGAUCGAAGAGUGCAAAGAUGGAUCCAAGAAUAAUAUUGGGAUGGUGGUUGUUCGGGGUAACAGUAUUGUUAUGCUAGAAGCUCUGGAUCGAAUAUAAUAGAACCAACAAUUUAAUUUAAGUUAUACUACUUACAUUUUUUUUUAUAAAACUUAUGUGAUUUUGAGUAAAUAGAUGGAUAAUUUUUAGUUUUGGA